AUGAAGAUGACAGGCUGGCAAACACGGUUAGCUUUCCCGGUGAUUCCAAGGGAUCAAUGGGAAUUCCCUACUAUGCCUCCUGAAUCCACUGAACCAGAGGAUCCAUCAAGAGUACGUUCAGAUGGCGACAACGCCUCUCGCUCAUCAGUCAAAGGAAAGGAGAGGGAAGUUGUAGUCAAAGAAGAGGGAGCUUCUGUCAGAAAACUACCAAAACGUAAACCUAGGGCCAAACCUAAACCCAAAUCCAGGGCGCAAAAAUCAAACGGACAAUCAUCAUCAGUUACAGAGGCGCCUCCUCAACCGACAGCGACUGCGCUUCAGGCCUUGAACACAAAUCAAACCGAGGAUGAUGAGCUGGUGUAUAUUAAGAGCGAAGAUACGGACAUGGUUAUGCCUACUAUAAGCAAGUAUCUCAUGUAUUAUGCGUAA